AUGACUCAACCAUCAACUAUUGCCUCGCACUUUCUCACCCACCCUCAUCAAUUGGGCGUGGUGGCCGUGGGCUUCAACGGCGGACAGAUGAAGAAAGGAGUCGAAGCUGCCCCAAUGGCUCUCAUCGAAGCCGGACUUCUCACCCAGCUGAAAGAAGACCUCGAAUAUGAAAUUCACCACGAUAACACCGUUCACUACUACGAGAAGGACAUCCCUGCCGAGGACCCCGAUCACCGAAACAUGAAGAAGCCCCGUGCUGUCAGUGCCGUCACCGAGCGUAUUAGUUCCCAGGUCUACAACUACGCCAAGGAUGGCAAGUUCGUCCUGACGCUAGGCGGCGACCACUCCAUUGCCAUUGGUACUAUCUCCGGUACUGCUAAGGCUAUUCGGGAGCGAUUGGGUCGCGAGAUGGCUGUUAUCUGGGUUGAUGCUCACGCUGACAUCAAUGUUCCCGAGAUGAGCCCUAGUGGUAACAUCCACGGUAUGCCCAUGGCGUUCUUGACCCGCUUGGCUCGAGAGGAUCGACGCGAUAUCUUUGGCUGGUUGCAGGAUGAACAUAUCAUCAGUACCCGCAAGCUGGUGUACAUUGGUCUUCGGGAUGUGGAUCGUGGUGAGAAGAAGCUUCUGCGUGAAAAUGGAAUCAAGGCUUUCAGUAUGCACGAUAUUGACCGUCAUGGUAUCGGUCGUGUUGUCGAAAUGGCUUUGGCUCAUAUUGGCAAUGAUACUCCGAUCCAUUUGUCAUUCGAUGUGGAUGCCCUGGACCCCCAGUGGGCACCUAGCACCGGUACCCCGGUUCGUGGAGGAUUGACUCUUCGCGAGGGAGAUUUCAUCUGCGAAUGUGUACACGAGACAGGUAACUUGGUCGCCAUGGAUUUGGUCGAAGUUAACCCAAGUUUGGAGGAAGUUGGAGCUGCGGAGACUAUCCGCGCAGGAUGCUCGUUGGUUCGAAGUGCGCUGGGCGAUACCCUUCUGUAA